CGCGUCGGGCGCUGUGCGGACAGGGUCGACGCUGCAGCGCGCAGGGGCGCGGGUCGGGGCAUGAAGCUGGGCCGGGCCGCGGUGGCCCUGCUGCUGCUGGCGCCGUGCGCGGUGCGUGCGGUGGAGCCCAUCAGCCUGGGUCUGGCGCUUGCGGGCGUGCUCACCGGCUACAUCUCGUACCCCCGCCUCUACUGCCUGUUCGCCGAGUGCUGCGGCCGGAAGCGGAGCCUCAGCCGGGAGGCGCUGCAGAAGGAUCUCGACAACAAGCUCUUUGGGCAGCAUCUUGCUAAGAAAGUCAUCGUCAACGCUGUGUCUGGUUUUCUAAGCAACCCCAAGCCCAAGAAACCUCUUACCCUCUCCCUGCACGGGUGGACUGGCACCGGCAAAAACUUCGUCAGCAAGAUCAUCGCAGAGAACAUUUACGAGGGCGGACUGAACAGUGGCUAUGUGCACCUGUUUGUGGCCACGCUGCACUUCCCCCACGCUUCCAACAUCACCCUGUAUAAGGAUCAGUUACAGAUGUGGAUUCGGGGCAACGUGAGUGCCUGCGCCAGGUCCAUCUUCAUCUUUGAUGAGAUGGACAAGAUGCAUGCGGGCCUCAUUGACGCCAUCAAGCCUUUCCUGGACUAUUACGAUGUAGUAGACGAGGUCUCCUACCAGAAAGCCAUCUUCAUCUUCCUCAGCAAUGCGGGGGCAGAAAGGAUUACGGACGUGGCUUUGGAUUUCUGGAAAAGUGGGAAACAGAGGGAAGAAAUCAAGCUCAAAGACAUGGAGCCUGCGCUGGCUGUGUCAGUCUUCAAUAACAAGAACAGUGGCUUCUGGCACAGCAGUCUCAUUGACCGAAAUCUCAUUGAUUAUUUCGUCCCCUUCCUGCCCCUGGAGUACAAACACCUAAAAAUGUGCAUCCGAGUUGAAAUGGAGUCCCGAGGCUACAACGUGGACGAGGACAUUGUAAAUAAAGUGGCUGAAGAGAUGACAUUCUUCCCCAAGGAGGAGAGAGUCUUCUCUGACAAGGGCUGUAAGACAGUGUUCACCAAGUUAGACUACUACCUGGAUGACUGAGUCUGGGAGUCCUGCCCCCACUCAGUGCUCAAUCCGUCCAGCUUCCUGGAGGAGGGCCCCUGGAACAGUCCUGCUGGCUCACCAGGAAUCCCCGUGGGGACUCCUUCCAUCCCUGCAGGUGGCCAUGCCAUAGGGAUCUGGACAUGACAGGGACACUGGAGCCUCCAGAGGAGGUAACCACCUCCCAACCCGCCCAUGCUGGGCUCAUGAUUUUUUAAAGAUUAUGUUUUAAUUUCAGGUACUUGUUUCAAGGAAGGAUGAAUAAGUUUUACUGCAAAUGUGAUAACUUUAUUUAAAAUGGUUUUUAACAUGAGAAACCUCUCUGAUUCUAAGCCUUUGUGUAUCUUUUGAAAUUGUCAAUUCUGACAUUAGCACGGGUGUCUGCUGCACAGAGCAGCAUCACAGGGACUGGGGGCUAUCCCCAGAUGACCACAGCCAGCCCUGCCAAGGGGCCAUGACAUAGUUAUCGCCCAGCAUCCUCGCCCUGGGCUCUCAGUGAGGUGAAUGUGGGAAUGGUCUCAGUGACCCUGAAUGUCUGCCAGGUCUAGCAGGGGGCCAGGCAGGCAGGAAACAGCUCUAGAUUAGGCCUGGUGAGGGGCAGGGCUCCCAUGGGUGUGGCUGCUGGUCAGCCUGCUCAGGGUUGGGAGCUAAGUUAAUCCCCAGCACUGAAAAAAGCAGAAGAGGUUAACUGCUAGGUUAACCUCGGACCCCCCUCAGCCUUGGCCCGUUCUCUAGUCUGUUCAGAGCCCCCUUUUGGGGUGGCCUAGGCCUCCCAAGGGUGAUUCCCAGGAGUCAUGGGUCAGGUGUGACCUGAAGAUGGAAGCCCAGGCUCUGAACCCUAACUGGGGAGCAACAGGGUCUUCUGAGUUUUGCCAAGUCCUGUCUAUGGAUGAAGCAGUAUGGGGUGGUGGGUGAGAACUGCAUUAGGCCAAGGACCAGACCUAGAAAGUCAGGCUCCCAGUCUUGAGCACCCGAAGUGGGCAGGGUAAUGCUGUGGAGUUUAAACUCCAGGCACCAGUUCUGUCCUGUGACGGAUCCACGUUAUCAGUGCUCCCGCGAGAAGCCAGGUUAAGUGUGGUUAUGUCAGAUCUUGUAGACAGAACUAGAAUCUCAUGACUUACCAGUUCUGGGUAGAAGAGCCAACGUUCGGUUUCCUCACUUGAGCUGCAUCAAGACAGCUAGAUCACCCCAGGGCCUCAACUUCCCCUAAACCGACUUUCUACCUUGACUUUGGGAGGAUGUUA